AUGAAGACCUCUAAACCAACAUCACAAGCCUCUACUCAGGAGGAAUGUGGCGUUUGGUUGGACACUGUUCAGCUAAAGGGAAGAGCUAAACAGAAGCGGUUUACCUGUCCCAUUUCUAAAGUACUGAACCCUUUCGCUGGAGGAUACAAUCUGGCAGUGGCACUGAACUUCACUCAGACCAAAAUGAAAAUGCCAAUUACCAAACAAAGUUCCAUAUCCUCCUAUUUUGCACCACAGCAUAGAUCUCUUAAUAAGAUGUCUACAUCUGAAGCAAGAAAUACAGAUCAAAUAAAUUCUCCCUCAUCAUCAUCUACUUCCACUCAAUGUGUCUCUACCUCACCUCUGGCAUUUGGAACAAAACGGAAGCGUGGCAUGGAUUGUGAGUUGUCUAACUUGAAUAACACAAUGGAGUGCCAUGCCUACACUCCACAUUCUGAUGUUGAUAGAGAGGGAUUAGGCCCUGAAAAGAAAAGUAAAAGCAUGACCAAUUAUAAACAUGCGGUCUGUCAGGAAGACUACGGGGAAGGCUAUCCACCUUCUGUUAACAUGGACCAUGAAUCCAAAGAGGAGGCAGAAGAGAUGAAUGAGCCAGAAAGAAAGCAGAAAGUCACCAAAACUUCUUCACCCCCAGUUGAAAGUGUCCCUGCUGUAGAAUGGUGUAGUCAAGAGACAUGGAACACCUGCAGCAGCCCUCAUAACACCCAGGAAUUAAUGGUCCCUAAUGAGAUGAUACGGUGCAACUACAUUAACCAUGAUUCUGAGAGUCAAUUCAACCUCACUCACCAAGAAAAAUCCACCACAAGGCAGGGCAGUGAAGAUGGGAUGACUGUUCUUGAAAGCAUGCACAAUGAGGAGGGUUUCAGAGUGUGGCUGGACAUGAAAGGGAGAAACUCUGCUCAAAAAUAUUUGAAGUGCCUUCAGUCAUCUCAAAAGGAGAAAGAGAAAAAAAACACCAGAUCUCCACUUCACAAAUCUCCUAAGAAGUGCUCGUCUUUCUCUCCACUCAGGGCUUUUUCAAGUCACAAGUGGACAGAGCCCAAGAAUAUGCCAUCUCAUAAGAACAUUCUAGAAAAGCCUGAGAGAGGCAGCCUUGCCUCACAGCACAAGUGGCCUACACCAAGAUGCUCUUCUCUGAAGAAAGGUCAGCUGCAGCAACCUUGGAGAGAGGUUGAGGAGGAGGAGAGUCUGUCGUCAUUGUUCACCCAGGACUCUGAAGGAUUCAGGGUUAUAGCACAUCAUGGUCUGACAGCCAGGAGUCCACUUAAAGAUCACACCAAUGUAAGCUUUGGAAGUGGGAAGAAAAUGUUUGCUUACAAGUCUCUGUUGGAGGAGGAGGAUGAGAUGCUCUUUACGCAGGACUCUCAGGGAAAUAUGGUAAUCAAACAUUGA